AAUAGAGGUAACAGAUAUGAGAGAGUCCAGUCUUAUUAUUAUCGGUGCUUAGAACAGUUGUACGCGUAUAAUAUCUAAUGAUUCGACAGAUAUUUGUUCAUAUUUUGAUGCAUUUCUAAGAGUACUAAAGCUAUAAAGUGAUCCGUUAUUUUUGUAUCGGUUAAAGCAGUGUGAAAUAACAAUAAACUGCUAAUAUAUCAAUAAUAAUAGUGCAAUGGAUCAGCAUAAAUUGUGCCUUCGGAAUCACGGCGAGACGCGCACUGAAAUAAUAGAAUGCACUUACGAUUGGACUAUAACGAAUUUUCAAUAUCAUGCUCGCGGUGAUGUAGGUCAAUCAAUUGAAUCUCCAGUAUUUAAAGCUGGACCUAAAAAUGAAUUAAGAUGGAAGUUAUACUUAUAUCCUGGAGGAUGUAUCGAAGAUCAUAACAAAGAUGUGUCUGUAGAUCUUUGUUGCCUUGACGAAUAUUCCAAUUGCAUCAACAUUUUUAUUGCUAUCGCUCGCAAUGACGGAAAAUCAUGUGACGUGCAGAAAAAACUGCGGAUACCCAAUUCAUCGUACCUGAAUCAAAUAAGUAACCAAAAUAGAUGCCUAUUUCCAGACUUUGUAAAACGCUCUUAUCUUGUCGAAAAAGCAAGCGAUGUAUACUUCAACGAAGGCUCUCUGAAACUCAAAUGCCAUCUGAUUUUCGGAAACGGCCUUGUAUAUGAUCCUCAACCUACGACUACACUGCUUUCCAUCGAACUAGACACCACAAUCGACUUCAAGCAAUUUUUCGACAGCUCCAAGUUCAGUGACGCAAAGCUUGUUCUCAACGGAGGUACAGAAAUUGCCGUCCACAGGAUCAUACUUUCGGCUUGCAGUCCUGUUUUCGCCGCCAUGUUUGAAAAAAACAUGAAAGAGCAGAGAGAGAACAGAGUCGAGAUCACCGAUGUCGACGCCAAAGUUAUGCGAGAAGUCCUUCGCUUUGUUUACACCGGAAAGGUCAACAAUGAUAUUAAAGCGAUCGCUAGCAACCUCUUCGAAGCAGCCGACAAGUAUGCGAUCGACGGACUCAAGAAGACCUGCGAGAAUUCGCUGAUUCAAGGACUAAAUUUGAUGAACGUCGGGAAUAUUCUAGAGAUUGCCGAUCGUCACGGGGCCGAAGCUUUGAAGACAGCCGCACUGAAUUUUAUCGCGGUACAUGUGGAGGAACUUGCGAAUUCGGAGAUGUUUCGAACGAGCAUGAGGUCGACUUGUCAUCUGCUCGGAGAGAUGCUGAAUGCCUUGAAAUUGAAAUACAAGUAGCUUGAUGUAUUUUUUUUGAAAUAACGAAUUUUCAGAUUCAUAGUGGAAUGAGAUGGAUCAAGAUUUUCUCUAGCUGCUGAUAUACUUUCCAAGUGUUAAAUACUUCUUUUUGAUAUCUUAUUUCUUUAGUUGGCAGUAUAUCGGUAUUGUUCGAUAAAAAUAGACUAUGGUCGGAUUUGUGUAGCAGAACUCGGCCAUCCACGUUGGCCUGUCUUUCCAGUUGGUUCGAAUUGCAAUUAAUAAACGUGACUAUGAUUUAGUUUGUGUGAUCUGCUAUGGAUGUACCGCUAUGAUAAGAUAAGACUUGGAGACGUAAUACCAGUCUAAAACUGUCUUGUUUUGAAAUGUCGCAGUUAUUUUGAUUUGCGACAAUAACAAUAUAGUGUUGACACUCGCACCGUUUAGCAGCAGACAUACAAUUGGCUCUUAACAACACAAGAUUUCGCCGUGUAACGCUAAGCUAGAGUUACUUAGUUUCGAUUUCGGGCCCAGCUUUCAGCAGCCUGGCUGUACUACAGCCAUAACUGUUGCUCUUUCGCAGCUCAGUAUGCAUAUUAGUAAAGUCACGUUUUGAAAUUAAUUUUUGAGUUCUGAGCUUGAAUUAAAAGCUUUUUCAGGGUUGGACAUCAAUAGAAUAACUAUUAAAAAACUUGAAGACAGAGAUUUCGUUUUCAGUGUUUAGUCGCGUUGCGGUAGGCCUUAAAAAGUUUGUGACGUGAAAUUCAAAAUGUCCAUAAGUCGGCUCAAGGUUAGGUAUAUUAACCGCCUGCUGACUACAUGAACAAUUGCAUUAGAUGCAUAUUGUAUAAACAUAUUUAUAUUGAAGUUGAAUUUUUCUAUCCUAUGGCCAUUGUUUGAAGUAAUAAAUAUACGGUUAAAUUUCCGGAAAAAACGUGUCAGUCUAUUUGCAAAGUUUAUCCUGUGAUUAGAACCACACGUGCGAUGUCAAUAAGCUGAGUAUAUAAGAGGCCCACCACGCUACAAUUGGAUUGUACGAGUGCAGAGCUCUUACAACAUUUUAGCACGAAUAAUCGAAAAUUGCGUGAGGUAUCACAUUUUAUACAAUUCUUGCUGAUGAAAAUAUAAGGCUCUCUCUCGCAUCGCA